UUGGGAAAUAUGGAAAAAUAAAAAAAUACGAAUUUAAUAUUUUUUUAUAAAGAAUGAGAAAAAAAUAUGUUUAACCGAUUUUAAAAUGCCAUCGGUCACCUGGACAACGAUGCAGUUAUUAAAUCGUUAUACUCUCUGGUCGUCAAUGAUUUCAGGCUGUCAUAAUGUCAGAAAAGAAAAUAUUUUCUGCUCAAGAUGAAAGGCUCAAUGCUUUACAUAAGAGAAUUCUAGAAAUUAAAAAAAAAAUUCAUUUAUCUGAGGGUCAACGAAAAUCGUGGUUCGAAGAUUGCAAUUCGAGGAACAAAGAGAAUAUACAAAAAAUUGUUGUUCUAAAGAAAGAAAAUAAGAUUCUUCAAGCAGAACCAAAGAAUUUUAACGUGGAUCAGAACACUGAAUGCAACAGUAUCUUAAAUAAUAUUAAUCCUACAGAUUCAAAAAAAAUUAUCACAAAUUAUGAGAAGGAAAAGCAUGAUGAGUCUAUUCUUCGAUUAAGGAAAAAGAUUGAUUAUCUGAUAUGGAAUAAAGAAAAGAAGAAGAAUACUUUAUGUAAAAUUUUAAAUUCAUAUAAAAAAGUAAAGAACAAGAAACUUAAACAUGCGUGGAAAGAAUUAGGAUUUGCUAUUAAGCAGAAAAUCGUAAACUUGGAAAAUCAGUUGCAAUGCUUAAAUAUUAUGCAAAUGGAAGCAGACACUAUUAACAAAAAGUACAAGAGUGUUCGUGUGAGUUUAAACCUGGAUGCUGCUUGCUACAAUUCUUCUCUUUGUAAGCUGGAAGAAAACAACUCGGAUAUUGCAGACGAAGUCACACGUCUCGAAGAAGCAAAAGCAGGGGCACUUUAUCUACGAGAUUACACAAAAAAUAUAUUAGAUACACAAGAAUCUUCUACAAUGAUCAUUAGCAAUGACUGGGAUAAAAUUAUAAUAUCUUACAGAAAAAAGGUGGAUGAUAGAAAACUGGAAUUUGAUCGAAUAGAACGAGCCAUCUAUCCUACAGUUCUUCUUGCAUCUGAAGACAAUUGUGAUGCAUAUAAGGCUCAGGAAAUAUAUGAUGAAAAAGUAUCUGUGCCUCUUGCAAUUAAAUUAAGAAAAGCAAUCGUCAAUCUUCAGAAUGCUGCAGAAGUUACUGAAAAGAAGGAUGUAUUGAAUCAGUUUUUCAAACAACGCAGUUUAAAACAAAAGCUACAAAAUAUACGCUCCGAAACAGAAGGUGAAAAGAUAUUACUGGAGAACAAACGACAAGUUUUAUCAACUGAAGUAGAAAUAAAAAAAUUUGCCGAUGCUGAAGAUACAAACCAAAGAAACGAAGAACUUAUAAACAUAUUGGAACUUGCUGGAAAUGAGAAAGUACGCCAAAGAAUAAUUAUACAGAAAAAUAGAAACAUUCAAGAUAUGACUAGAAUAAUUUUUGUCAGAUUUAGGAAACUGUACACUAAAAUACCAAAUUUCUUAAUAUCGGACAGUUUAAAACAGUUGACAAGUCCAAUAGAAUAUCUGCAGAAAGUAAAAGAUAUUAUUGAAAAUCAAAUAAAUAUUUCUCCAGCUAUCCAAGGUCAUUUUGUCAAGGAACCAACUGUUAUUAAUAAGCAAGAAGAUGUGCCAAAUGAAAAGGAAAAUUCUUCUGUGAAGGACAGACAAGAAGGAGAACAGCUGUUUCCAUUAUUUUACAAUACUUCAGCUUUAGUAGUACCGCAAGUACAACUGUCAGAAGAUGAGGAUGAAAUUGCAUCAAGAAGUUUUAUUAAAAAACAAGCACAAUUUUUGGUUGAUACUAAAAGCAGACGAAAAGGUUUUGCAUUUAAACGUUCAGCAAUAAUGUAGCAAUUAAAUAGCACAAUUCAUGAAUUCAUCAACUUUACAUUUUUAUAUGCGUGAAUCAACAGAACCGGUCGAUUUAUUCAUGUUUACCGUGUUACUCUAGGUAUCAAUUUCAUUUCUUAUGGAUAUAACUUUUUGACAUAGGUCGAAACAAUCCCAAACGAUAGUGAAUUAUAGUUUACAUAUUGUAAAAUGUAUUAAUGGAGAGAAAGACAAUGUGUUCUUAAUUAAAAAGAAAUGUUAGUUGUUGAAAGUAGCGUUACUCAUUAUUUUAAAAUAAUGAAAAAUAUGUAUAUUUUUUUAAAUCUUUUUUACGGCGAUAACUCGAUUUGAAUUUUUCAAAUUUUUUUUAAUGCUUUUGAGCAGAUGAAUAAUGUGCGAUUAGAAUUGAAGAAAAUAUUACAAUAAUUAUUACUCCAUAUUUGAUCGUGAACGAUUACAAACUUAGCUAUUUUUUAGAAGCACACCUACAGGCUAAAAUAUUUAUGAUUAUUUGAAAGCAUAAUUCUAAUUCUUAUAUAAUAUACAAAUGCCAAAUUUUA